CACGAUUUUUGGAGCUGAAUGACUCACGAGCGAACCAAAAAGCAAAACGCGUCCACAAGCACACGGAAGCACACUCUUGCGUGCAAGCAAACAAAACGUUCCACAACAGGACAACCACCACAGCCACAGCAGGACAGCAGGACAACGACAAAACCAAGCUUGCGUCUCUGGCUUCAGUCUCGUUUGCAGACAGACGCACGUACGACUACGAUGGCCCAGCCACUGCCGCUGCCGCUUGUGCGCAGCGAGGAGCGACUCACGCUCGACGUUGGCGGUGUCGUGUAUGUGACCGCACGCACCACUCUGACUGAGGGCAGAGCGGAAGGCAGCCGUCUCGCCGCCACCUUCCAGCAGCCACCAUCCGACACCGUGUCGGACGCCAUUGAUGCGGCCACGGGAGGACACGCGUUCUUCAUCGACCGCGACGGCGACACGUUCGCCCACGUCAUGUACUGGCUGCGGACCGGAGAACUCAAGUCGGAGGCUCUUGCAGACGCGGGCGUUUUGGAGUGCAUCCACCGUGAAGCCACCUUCUUCCACCUGCUACAGCUGCUGGAGUACUUGGGCGACGAACCUGAAAGCACGGGCUCAGCAGCUGGUGGCGGCGACGCACCUGUGAAGAGGCGCAGAGCGAAGAAGAGGAAGAGUGGAAGCCAGCUCACGCAGCAGCAGUUCAUGCGCAUGUACAUGGACGCUGGUGCCCAUCCAGCAAUGGUCAACAACGUGGUCUACGACAGUCACACCAACAGGCUCAACACCCAUCUGGCCUCGCCCAACGUCAAAUGCUUCAUCAACGCCACUGGGCUGAACCUGUCCGGACUGGACCUCAGCAAUCUCGACUUGAAAGGCUGGAACCUUACCAAUGCCAACCUUGAAGGUGCUGACCUGAGUAAUGCGAACUUACAGGACACGACGCUCGCUGGUGCCGACCUAACCAAAGCUGUGCUGAAGAACGCCAACCUCACAGCAGCAAACGUGACAAAUGCCAACCUCACCGGCGUUGACCUGAGUGGGGCUACUUUACUGCAGCUCCAAUUCCAAGGUGCAAAAUUGACUGGCGCAAACCUCAGCGGGUGCGCCCUGCACGGCUUCAUCUUCAACGGUUUGGAUUUGACUGGGACAGACCUAAGUGACACCAACCUGAGCAAGGCAAACCUGAGCAAGGCAAACCUGAGCCACACAAACCUGCAACGGACAACGUUGACUGGUGCCAAGCUUGCCCGGGCGAACCUGAGUGGGUGUGACCUGCACAACCGGGACUUCAGCAACUUUGACCUCACAGGUACCAACUUCAACCAUGCUAAACUUCAGGGUGCGGUAUUCUCGGGCGCAGCACUUGCAAGUGCCAGCUUCUACUAUUCUCAGCUCCAGAACGCGACCUUCACCAACGCCAACCUCACCCACACGGACUUCCGAGGCGCCCAAGGACUCGACCGGAACGGCCCCCACUUCUCUGGCGCGAACACCACCAACACCCGUUGGCAGUAG